AGUAGCGUAGGGUCCGAGGCUCGCUUUGCCGCCGCUUUCCGUGGAGCGCCUCCCUCAGCGAACCGGCAUCAUGCUGCGGGCCUGUCACCGCGCGGGGAGCACAGCGGCUCAGACUUGUCUGUGUGGCAAAAGUUCAGUCCGUCCAUUACGUCUGGGUCGUGGAUAUGCUACAUCUGGAGAAUCUGGUGUCUCUGCAGGCAAAAUCAUAGGAGCCAGUGUUUUGUUUGUUGGUGGAGGAGUAGGCGGAACUAUUUUAUAUGCUAAGUAUGAUCCACGCUUCCGAGAAAAUGUAGAGAAGACCAUCCCUUAUUUGAGCAACGUCUUUGACAUGGUACUGGGUCCUUCUUUUAGUAUUCCAACACCAAAGAAGCCAAUACAGUCAGGUCCAUUGAAAAUCUCCUCUGUAACAGAGGUCAUGAAAGAAUCUAAACAGCCUGCUGCCAAAACUGCAAAGAGUAAAACAGAGGCACCCUCAGCUGCUAGUGAGAAAGAAGAAGCAUGUUCAGAAGCGGCUCAGAUAAUUUCAGCAACAGGUGAAGCUGUUUCCGUUCCAGCUCCAGGCAUGCAGGAGAAAGAACAGAGCAAAAGUCAUGCGCCUCUUGAAGGAAAACACAAACCUCCUGACCUAGGUGAAAAACGUGUAAAAGAGAGGCCAGCUGAUGAGGUUGCAGCUCGUCUUGCAAAGCAAGAUAAAGAGGAACAAGCGAAGGUUUCUGCUCUUGCAGCGACCUUGGAAAGUGCUUUGAAUGGCACUGCUCGUGCAACCGUGCAUGCAAUUACACUCCAGGAGGCUGCCGUGCAGGCUGUCAAUCUUCAUGCCCAGAAGUUAAGAGAGGCUAUGGAUAAUUCUGAGGUUCCAAGUGAUAAAAAGGCAACUCAGUGGAGGACGUUGGAGGAAGCAUUGAAGGAUCGUAGAAGAGCUGUGGAUGAAGCCGCAGAUGUCCUUUUAAAAGCCAAAGAAGAAUUGGAGAAAACGAAGGAAGUGAUUGAUGGUGCCAAGAAGUCUCAGAUUCCUGGGGCCAAACCUCACAUCCAAGCUGCAGAAGAGAACCUUCGUCAUAUGAUUGUUGAUCUGGACAAUGUGGUCAAAAAGGUGCAAGCAGCCCAGUCAGAAGCUAAAAUAGUAACUCAGUACCAUGAACUUGUAACCAAAGCAAGAGAAGAAUUUCAGAAAGAGCUUGAUAGUGUUACUCCAGAAGUUCAUUCUGGUUGGAAGGGACUAAAGAUAACUGAUAUCGCUGGCAAGCUGACAACAGACGACUUGAACUCUCUCAUUGCUCAUGCUCACCGACGUAUAGACCAACUCAACAAGGAGCUGGUGGAGUUGAGAGUUCGAGAACAGCAGCACAUUGAGACAGCCCUGGAAAAGCAGAAACUGGAAGAUAAAAAAGCUUUCGAGUCAGCAGUGGCAAAGGCACUAGAACAUCAUAAGAGUGAAAUCCAAACUGAACAGGAAAAGAAGGUUGAAGAAGCCAGAGAAGUAAUGGAGACUGAAAUGAGGACUCAGCUCCGCCGGCAGGCUGCUGCACAUGCUGAUCACUUGAGAGAUGUGCUCAAAAUCCAAGAGCAAGAACUCAAGCUGCAAUUUGACCAGGACUUGUCAGAAAAACUCGGUGAACAAGAAAUGCAGUAUAAACGCCUUACUCAGGAACAGCUUGACAAUUUCACUCUGGACAUCAACACAGCCUAUGCCAGGCUGAGGGGAAUUGAGCAGGCCGUUGAAAGCCAUGCUGUUGCUGAGGAGGAAGCCAGGAAGGCCCAUCAGUUGUGGCUUUCGGUUGAAGCUCUAAAGCAAAGCAUGAAAACUGCUUCUGGAGACAGCCCCACCGAGCCCCUGGAGAGUGCAGUGGAAGCCAUCCAAGCCAGCUGUUCUGACAACACGUUCACCCAGGCCUUAACAGCUGCGCUUCCACGGGAAUCGCUCAGUCGAGGAGUGUACACGGAAGAGGCACUAAGGGCACGCUUCCACACUGUCCAAAAGCUGGCGAAGAGGGUGGCCUUGAUAGACGAAACGAGAAACAGCUUGUAUCAGUACUUCCUCUCUUACCUUCAAUCUCUUCUCCUCAUGCACCCUCAGCAGCUGAAGCCGCCUUCUGAGCUAGGCCCCGAAGACCUGGACACAUUUAAGUUGCUCUCUUAUGCAUCCUAUUGCAUCGAACAUGGAGACCUGGAGCUGGCAGCUAAGUUUGUCAAUCAGCUGAAAGGGGAAUCCAGGAGAGUGGCUCAGGACUGGCUGAAUGAAGCUCGGAUGACGCUAGAGGCAAAACAAGUGGUGGAUAUCCUGACUGCCUAUGCCACUGCUGUGGGUUUAGGAACAACUCAGGUGGACUGAUGCAGUUGAGCUAUGCAAGACUACCGUGUCUUCAGAACCACACAAAUGCAAGAUUCGUAACAGUGCCAGGGAGGAAACCAAAGGUUUAGAUCUAGGUGGUUUUGAAACCGUACCAGAGUUGUGAUGUCACUUGGCAAGACGUGGUGUUCAGUCUCUAGUUUUCUUCUCACUUAGCACAGGUUGCAUUUGUAUCUCCUCCCCCCCUCAGCCAUUUAUCAUGUCUGGAAUGUUUUUUUUUGCAACUUGCUUUACAAAAUUUUAAGUUUCCAGGUAACUGAUCUGGCUUGUGAGCCAACCAAAAUAAUGUUUAUAACCUCUAUUACUGAUUCACCCACUUGGUGCACUUAAAUAAAUGGUGUUAAACCCAC